AUGUCAAACAAUUCCGAGCAGACACCGUUGAUUCGGGGUGACACGGAUGAGAUAAGCAGAGGCGAUAGAAGAAGUACAUCACAAGGUACACAUGGCCAUAAAUCACCCGGCAAGAUGGGAAACAACUCCAAGCUAGGCCUCCAAAGACUAAGCCGUACUAGUCAGAAGCUCAAAUUGCUACCAGAGGAUCCUCCCAGUUUAGAGACCGAAGGGAUAUCCUUCGAUGAUCUAGAUAAGCGCAAAGGGACACACGCACAAAGUGGCGGGGUUUAUUCUCAGGUAACUCGUAUAACAGAUAAACCGGCCCGCAAAGAUGCUGAGAUACUCGGUAAGCUGCACCGGGAUCUAUUGCCUCGAGUCACAGCUUACUGUACAGCAGGGUCUUACAGGAUGAAAGACUUGCUUAGAUGGCUUAAGGAUAGGAAGCGGAUUCAUAACACCAUGCCUAAGCUCUUCGAUGAAUGUUUAUAUACUCCUUUUACGUACAAGGACUGGAGAAAUGAUUCUGACGAGGAAGGGAAAAAAAUGAUCCGUUUGGCAGAUGAUGGGGGCGAGAUAGAGUUUGGUAAGCGCAAUGACAUUUUCAUAUUCGAAUAUGGUGUUGUUAUCAUGUGGUGUUACACGCGAAAAGAGGAAAUCACAUUCUUGGAAGAUUUAGCUAAGUUUGAGAGUGAAAAGUUAUCGUCGGAAGAUGUCCAGGUUGAGGAGUUCAAUUACUACAUAACCACUUCUUACCAACCGCGUAUUUACAAUGACUUCAUUACACUCCGGGACGAUGCUAAUUACAUGCUAAAACUUUCUAUUUCCCACGCCUUGGCACAGUCCGUAAAAAUAUCAUUGUUCGAGGAACUAGUUGAUAAUACUAUCGAAGACACCCAAGACAUCCCACAACAAAUCGCUCAUACAGGAAAAGUGGAAAUGACCAGGGACGAAAUAAUGAAAUCCAUCGGAGAGCUCUUUAUUCUCCGCAUCAACAUUAAUCUUCACGGCUCUGUAUUGGAUUCACCUGAGCUCAUGUGGGCUGAACCACAUCUUGAACCUAUUUAUCAAGCCGCCAGGGGCUACUUGGAGAUUAACCAAAGAGUUGAACUACUUGAACAACGAUUAGAAGUGAUAUCAGACUUGCUACAGAUGUUGAAAGAACAGUUAGGUCAUUCUCAAGAAGAAAAUCUUGAGUUUAUCGUGAUCGUAUUAGUGUGCAUCGAAGUUCUUGUCAGUGUCAUCAAUGUCGUUCCUGAGCAAACUGAGACAUAUUGGAACUUUGCUUUCAAUAUUCUUGCUUCACCUCCUGAGACAUAUAAUAAAGCACUAGUCGCUCAGUCAGCUUCUCCCAUAAUUUACUUCGAUACUUCGAGUUUGUACAUUUCGGUUAUCGAUCCCCCAGAACAUAAAAGACGACAGCUCAGACAAAGGAAUAUGGAAUCCUCUACGAAAUUGCCGAAACUCUCGCAUCCCAACUUGAUCAGGACAAGCACUCUUCCCUCAGAAUUUAUCCGCCAGCAUCUUGAUGUUGUCAAUACCCCGAUUCAGCUUGAUGUUGGUAAUGAGGUGAGCAAUAUGCAACUGAAUUGGUGUAAGGAAGAACAGGAUGAAGAAAGGAGAUUAGUCCGUCUCAUAGUCCAACGUGAAUCUUACGCAACUUUCAGAAUUCUGGCUGAACCUGUUUCUCCCUUUUCCUAUUCCCCAAACGAUAGCUCAUUAGUGAUCUCAUGUGUCAGCUGGAAAGAGAAAGGACUUUGUGUUGUCACCUCAGUCGACGUUAUACUUGUUUUAGAAUACCUUGUCGGAGAGCAUUUUUCCAUUGAAGAGAAAAGCCGAGUGCGCCGUAAUUUACAAUUUCUCAAACCCUACACUGUCACAAAGUCGUCAAAUGAAAGCCGCAGGCUCUUUUCGUCAUUGAUGUCGAUGGAAAAUCCCCGUCCUCGCAAUAUUGAAAAGGGUCUUAAAGUCUUUGAGUGGUCCGAUUUGUUUGUGGCAGUAAACCGUGUUCUUUCGAAAUACUCAGCGAACCCCGAAAACACCGGUGCGCAUGACUUACCCAUGGUCCCGGAGAAGAUAGACGACGGAAAGACUUCUAAGGAAUAUGCAACGCUGAGGGAGGAAGGCGGGAAUCAUCAGUCACUCCCUUAUCGACUCAUACAUCCGCAGUCGUUUCCCACAUCACCGGAGAAGACAGGAUUCCUCAAGAGUACAGAUUUAACGCCGGAGGACAAAUCAUCCCGUCAAGAAGCACUGGCCUUAAACCUGAACGUAGGUCCGGAUCAGUGCCACCAGCUGCAGUCCAUACUCGGUGGCUCCAAGUUGCCCAAGCUUGAGAACGAGCUUAACGCGUUCAACAACUCCGAAACAUCUGGAUCUUCCACUGAUCUUUCGCUUAAGUCGAAGUCACAGACUGCUUCCACUUCGGUAGGUGCUUCAUUGGAUGAAAAAAGUUCAGGCGUGUCAAGCUCUAUCGAAAGUGGCAGCGGGAAGAACACUGAUGAUGGCUCUGGAUCUGACGAUUCAAGUGGAGCUGGGAAGAAUACUUUUAAGCAUAAGCCAAGUGCAAUACCCGAAAAUGAUAUGAAGGAUUCAGAGGAGAGCAAGUCUCCUACUCCGGUGGAAACAUCACACCCCCCCCAUCUCAAGUAUCUUCCAGUUCAAAAGCUCAGUACCGCUAACAUGAAGAAACACGAUCUCGAGCUUGCUCAAAUGAGUCCACUGGAACGGGAAGGCUCCAAAUUCACUAAUAUUGGUGCCGCGGCAGCCGCAGCAGAGCUGUCCUCAAAUACCGAGUCAAGUGAAUCCAAGAGGAGGAAGAGAAAUCGUAAUAAGCGAAGGAGGUUCAAGUUACCAGCAAUUUCUUCAAGAUUGGACCGAAAAUUCCCGCUUCCCAAUCCCAAGCAGAUCGAACUAUACACGCAAGGUGAAGACACCGUUCACCUUGACCCCCGUCCGUUUUCUGCCAAGGAGAGUUCUACACCAGUCAGUACUGAGGGUAGUAGCACCGAAAGUUCUAGCCGCUGA